ACUUGCAUCAUCCAUCUUCCCCACCUUCAAUCCACCGAUCACAAGCUCCAUCAAUGGCGGAACAGAGACAAUCCCUAUUAACACACUCAAACUCAAACUCAAACUCAAACUACUGGAUCAUCAACACACUUGAAUCAACAAGCUUUUCAUGGAUCUUCAUCGGCCAAUCAAACAACCCAUACAAAUCAACUCUAUCAUAUCUAAUCUUCUUCAUCUUCACCAUCGCUGUUCCAAUCCUCUCACACAUCGUCUUCAACUGCGACGCAUGCGACGACGAUCAUCGACGACCGUUCGAUCUCAUCGUGCAGCUGUCGUUGUCCGUUUGUUGUACUCUCUCGUUUCUUAACUUGUCCACGUUUGCUCGAAAGUAUGGGCUCCGAAGGUUCUUGUUUCUUGAUAAGUUACCCGAUGUUAGUGUCAAAGUUCGUGAUGGAUAUUCUGAUCAAUUUCAUAGAUCACUAAACCUACUAUGUUCAUUCAUCAUCCCAUGUUUUCUUGCUGAUUGUGUUUACAAGAUAUGGUGGUUCAGUUCUGUUGGAAACCAAAUCCCAUACAUUUACAACAUUUACAUAAGCCACACCUUAGCUUGUGUGUUGCUUUUGUCAUCUUGGUUGUACAGAACAUCUCUCUUCUUUCUUGUGUGUGUUCUGUUCAAGCUUACAUGCGCGCUGCAAAUAUUAAGGUUACAGGAUUUUUCUAAAGUGUUUGAGAAACAAUCCGAUGUGGGUUCGAUCUUGAAGGAACAUCUGGCGAUUAAAAGAACUCUUCGUGUUAUUAGUCAUAGGUUUCGUUCGUUUAUUUUGGCGACUUUGGUUUCUGUUACCGCCAGUCAGUUUUCUUCUUUGCUUGUUACAACUAAGCCCGGUUCGCUUGUCAAUAUUUCCACUGCUGGAGAACUUGCGCUGUGCUCGGUGACCCUUGUGAGUGGUUUAUUUAUAUGCUUACGCAGCGCUGCAAAGAUUACACACAAAGUUCAAUCUGUGACAAGUUUGGGAACCAAAUGGCAUACGUGUGCGACUAUUGACUCGUUUGAUAAUGUGGGUCCCACUGAAGAGACCCCGGUGGCUAACAUAACCGACCGGGUUGAUUACCAUUUCAAUGCGCAUAUGGAUUCAGACACGGAUGUAGAAGAGGAAGACGAAUUGGACAAUACGAAAAUGGUUCCGGUUUAUAGGGAAACAAUAUCAUACCAGAAGAGACAAGCUUUAGCGACUUAUUUUGAGAACAGCAGAUCGGGGAUCACUGUGUUUGGAAUCAUGUUGGACAGAGUAUCGCUGCGCAUGAUCUUUGCGGUUGAAAUGUCACUCACUCUUUGGUUGCUUAAGAAAACAAUCAAUUUCUCUUGAACACUCUUUCUGCAGUUCUACUUAAUACCAAGUUAGUUUGCUCUUCAAGAUUUUGCUCGAGAGAAAUAUCGAUCGUUUACUAUCGCGUGGCAUCCUGUGAUUGGUCGCUGAAUAAUUAAGAUUUUGAUAUAUUGUCUGCUUGGCCUUCUGCUUAUGGUACACCCAUUGGCAUGCUGCAGUCUGUCAAAUAACCAUAGCUUUGUUACCACAUGGUCUAUUCGCGAUAGUGCCACAUGGCAUUAUAAUAUUGGAGUGAUCUGAGGUGUCAUUUAGGAAUACUACUGUGAGGCAUUUGUAUCUUAUUAGUUGUGUGCAUAUGUUUGUAUACUGGAUUUUACUUAUGUUUACAUACUUAUGUCAACAGGGGGGGGGUAGAUAAAAUGUUGUCAUGGCCAAUGUAUCCAGACAUGUCACAUUGUGACACAUUGACUGAUAGGAGGCUUAAAGGUGUGUGUUAUUAACCUAUAAUCAUAUUUUUCUCUUUUGAACACGCAUUUUGUUGCGUGCUUUC